AUGGUCUCCUUAUAUUGGAGUAAACGAGAAGAAUCGCCGGCUGUCAGUGAGAACGGCCAGGACCAUGGAACCACAGCUUUCCUCAAGGAGGGGAACCUCCGGUACGCGGUCGAGAAGGGUGAGAACAGUAACGAACCGACAUACCAGGAAGUCUCUGGUGCACCUGUUGAGACCCGGUCGCCGCUGGGGUACCAUGUCGGCUCCAUCACCAUCAUGUUCCUCAACCUCUCGAAAAUGGUUGGCACUGGUGUCUACUCGACCCCAGCCUCUGUCCUCAAGGGUACAGGAAGUGUCGGCCUCGCUCUCAUCUACUGGUUCAUCGGCUUUCUCGUUGCCGCCGCAUCGCUCUCGGUCUAUCUAGAAUUCGCCAGCUACUUCCCCAACCGCUCUGGCAGUGAGGUUGUCUACCUCGAGCAGGCCUUUCCACGUCCGCGUUACUUCUUCCCGGUCACCUUCGCCAUCCAGACAGUAUUGCUCUCCUUCAGCGCCUCGAAUGCGAUCGUUCUUGCACAAUAUCUGUACCGCAUGAGCGGCUCAACUCCCACAGCUUGGCAGCUGAAGGGCGUGGCUGUGGCUGGAUAUACGCUCGCCUUCCUCUUCGUAGCCUUCUCGACUCGGUGGUCCUACCGCGUGUCAAACGCCAUCGGUGCCGUGAAGUUGCUCACGCUCGUCUUCGUGGGCAUUACUGGACUCGUGGUCCUUGGCGGAAACGUCGACCGGGUUCCGGAUCCGCAUGCGAACUUCCGCAACGCUUUCUCGGGCUUCGAAGGAAUAGAGGCCUCGGCAUACGGCGUGACGAACGCCCUGGUCAAGAUCAUCUUUUCGUAUGCUGGCUAUGAGAACGCCUUCAACGUCGUCAACGAAGUCAAGAACCCCGUCCGCUCCAUCCGCAACUCGGGUGGCUUGUCACUGCUGGUUGUCGCGAUCCUGUACAUGCUGGCCAACAUCGCAUACUUCUCUGCGGUACCUAAGGAGGAGUUGGUCCAGUCAUCCCAGGUAGCAGCGAGUCUGUUCUUCCAGAAGGUCUUUGGCUCGGCCGGAGCGGCAAGGGGCCUUAACUUCCUCAUCGCCUUGAGCGCGUUCGGCAACUUGACUGCUGUGCUGUUGGGGCAGUCGAGACUGAUCAGGGAGUGUGGCCGGCAAGGGACGCUCCCGUUCCCAAACUUCUGGGUCAGCACCAGACCCUUCGGAACACCCCUAGGGCCUUACUUCGUCAAAUGGGCAUUGACCAUGCUCAUGAUCCUUGCACCUCCCGCGGGUGAUGCUUUUAACUUCGUUGUCGAUCUUGCAAACUACCCCGCGUCGUUCUUCGCAUUCUUGAUGGCUGUCGGGCUAUACUUCGUCCGCUACCAGCGCAAGAAGCUCAACCUACCUCCUCCUUCCAAGGCCUAUCGCUUCCGGACGUGGCACGUUGCCGUCAUCUUUACCAUUCUAGUCAACCUUUACCUGCUGAUCAUGCCAUGGUACCCCCCAACAGGUGGCGCCACCGGCGGCGAUGUCAGCUUCUGGUACGCAACUUACGUGGUCACCGGCCUGGGCAUUCUUCUCGCGUGUGGUGCUUACUACAUCCUCUGGAUCUACGCACUGCCAAGGUGGCGAGGAUACAGGAUCCGCCACGAGAGGCAAGUCCUCGAGGGCGGUGAAGUCACGCACAAGCUCGUCAAGAUCCCACUGCAGGAGUUGGAGGCUUGGGACAGAGAGCACGACGCACAGGGUAAGAGGCUCGGCGGAAGUGAUUAUGGAAUUCUUGACACGCAGCACGUCUUCCCACAACAGGAGAAGUCGUGA